AUGGAAGAAGUUCUGCAACAAAGCAAGAAAGAAAUGCAUCUCCUCCAUUUAUGGCCAAAGGGCCAAGCAAAAUAUUUCCGUUUUCGUUACGUUAUUACUUUAAUCUUAGUUUCACCGUUCUCGAUAGGCACUCUAACCCACUUUAUCAACGUUUUCAAAGAAGACUUAGACGUGGAUGUAAGUGGUGACAUUUCGGUAAUUGCAGUGGUGACCGGCUUACAUUUCAUGCUGAUUACUUUUGUUUGGGGCCACAAGAACAUCGCCCAUCUGUGGGAAAAUUUAGGACCCCACAAUAAUUUUGGCACACCUGACAACUUUCAGAAACGGUGCAAACAACUGAAUUUUUACUCACGACUUUAUUCGUACUAUUGCUAUCUAGGAUUGAUUGUUUAUAUUAUUAUGAAAAAUCGUGGAGGAAUCGAAUGCCGCAGAUUAAAUGUUGAGAAAAAUUUGACGGAAAUUUGUGGUUUAGUAACCACGUUUUGGGCACCUUUUGAUAUCGAUUUUUUCCCGUUUCGUCAAAUUUUGUUUGUUGAUCAGGUUUUUGCCACCUAUUUCAUAGUCAAAGGAGGAGCUGCUAUAUCUUUCACCACCUUGGAAGUAGGCGAAUACAUUAUACUCAAAUUAAAGCACCUUAAAAGAUUGCUGAAAGAAGUUUUCGAUGAUUCACGAGAAGAAGUGCAGAGAAAGAGGCUGUUACAUUGUAUUAAAUAUCAUCAAUAUAUUAUUAGUAUUCAAGAAUUAUACGACGGUCGUUAUAAACACUGCAACGGGUGUUAUAUUCUGAUGGUUGGGAUUAUCAUCGCCAGCCUUUCCAAUGAAAUUAUGAAGAAGCACAACAUUGAAGCACUAUUGCAUCUAGCAGGAUGGGUUUUCAGUUUUUACAUUUGCUGUUUUUCUGGACAAUCACUACUUUCAGAAAGUUUAACCAUUCCCGAUGCAGCCUUUGAAUCUAAAUGGUACAAAGCACCAAUUUAUAUGCGAAAAGAACUUCUUUUGCUGAUGCUAAAAUCACAAAAACCAUUAAUACUUCACGCCACCCCAAUCGGAGUCAUGUCGUUGAGUCUAUUUAUCACGUUGGUCAAAACUUCUUAUUCAUAUUAUACUCUUCUGAAUCAAUCCACUUAAACGAUUAGCUGUUUUAUUAGCUAAUCGAUUAUUACAAUGACACAACUAAUAAAUUACAAAGCAAAUGC